AUGGCGAUGAGGAAAGGCGGCGGUGGCGGCGGCGGCUGGAGGCGCCGGCGGGCGGCGGAGCCCCCGGCAGAAGACGGCGAGAGGGAGACCCCUCGGGAUGAAGGCUCCUCCGUUUCAGCGCUUCGGCGUUUAGAGCGCAGCCAGUGGACGGACAAAAUUGAUGCGCUGUUUGGAUUUGAGCGAAUGAAGGAGCCCGCGGAAAGGACGGGGUGGUUGAUCAACAUGCACCCGACAGAGAUUUUGGAUGAAGAUAAACGCUUGGUCAGUGCUGUGGAUUAUUAUUUCAUUCAGGAGGACGGAAGUAGAUUCAAGGUGGCUUUGCCCUAUAAACCAUAUUUCUACAUUGCAGCCCAAAAGAGUUGUGAUCGAGAAGUAUCAUCCUUCCUUUCUAAGAAAUUCCAGGGGAAAAUAGCAAAAUUGGAAAUUGUCCCCAAAGAGGAUCUGGACUUGCCCAAUCACUUGGUUGGCCUGAAACGAAGUUAUAUCAAGCUUUCUUUCAACACCGUGGAUGACCUGAUCAAAGUCCGCAGGGAGAUUACCCCUGCGGUCAAGAAAAAUAGAGAACGGGACCAAGCUUUGGACACUUACACCACCUUGCUGACUAGCGCUCUCACUGGGCACAGCCUGAACCAUGAGGAGGAGCCCUCAAAGAAGACCGCAGACCAGAUGGACAACAUCAUAGACAUGCGGGAAUAUGACGUGCCCUACCACAUCCGUCUGUCCAUCGAUCUGAAGAUUAACGUGGCUCUCUGGUACAACAUUCACCACAGGGGCAGCAGUUUUCCUCCUGAGAUUAUUCGACGGGAUGACAUGGUAGAGCGACCUGACCCUGUGGUUCUUGCCUUUGACAUCGAGACUACGAAACUCCCUUUAAAAUUUCCCGAUGCAGAAACAGACCAGAUCAUGAUGAUCUCCUACAUGAUUGAUGGCCAGGGAUACUUGAUCACAAACCGGGAGAUUGUUUCGGAAGACAUAGAAGAUUUCGAAUUUACUCCCAAACCCGAGUAUGAGGGCCCGUUCUGUGUAUUCAACGAACCUGAUGAGGCUCAUCUUAUCCAGAGAUGGUUUGAACAUGUUCAAGAAACCAAGCCAACUAUCAUGGUGACAUACAACGGAGACUUCUUUGACUGGCCUUUUGUGGAAGCCAGAGCAGCCGUCCAUGGCAUGAAUAUGCAGCAGGAGAUCGGGUUCCAAAAGGACAGCCAGGGAGAGUACAAAUCCUCGCAGUGCAUCCACAUGGAUUGUCUUCGGUGGGUGAAGAGAGACAGUUACCUCCCAGUGGGCAGCCACAACUUAAAAGCAGCAGCCAAAGCGAAGCUGGGUUACGAUCCCGUAGAGCUAGACCCUGAAGAGAUGUGUCGAAUGGCCACCGAAGAGCCUCAGACUUUGGCCACCUACUCAGUGUCAGAUGCUGUUGCCACCUACUACAUGUACAUGAAGUAUGUCCACCCUUUCAUCUUUGCCUUGUGUACAAUCAUUCCGAUGGAGCCAGACGAGGUACUGCGGAAAGGCUCGGGGACCUUAUGCGAGGCGCUGCUCAUGGUCCAGGCCUAUCAUGCCAACAUCAUCUUCCCCAACAAGCAAGAGCAGGAAUUCAACAAGCUUACAGAGGAUGGGCACGUGCUCGACUCGGAGACCUACAUCGGGGGCCACGUGGAGGCCUUGGAGUCUGGCGUCUUUCGUAGCGAUAUCCCCUGCCGCUUUAAAAUGAAUCCGGCUGCCUUUGACUUCCUUCUGCAGCGUGUGGAGAAGACGCUCCGCCAUGCCAUCGAGGAAGAGGAGGGGAUUCCCAUAGAGCAGGUCACCAAUUUCCAAGAGAUCUGUGAAAAGAUCAAAGUCAAGUUGAACUCCCUGAAGGAUGUUCCCAACAGAAUUGAAUGUCCCCUCAUUUACCAUCUCGAUGUGGGAGCCAUGUAUCCAAAUAUCAUCUUAACCAAUAGGCUGCAGCCCUCGGCUAUCGUGGAUGAGGCAACCUGUGCUGCUUGUGACUUCAACAAGCCAGGGGCCAGCUGUCAGCGGAAAAUGACUUGGCAGUGGAGGGGAGAAUUCAUGCCAGCAAGCCGGAGCGAGUUCCACCGCAUCCAGCAACAAUUGGAAUCGGAGAAGUUUCCUGCCGUUUUCCCAGAUGGGCCUCCCCGGGCCUUCCAUGAACUGCCUCGAGAAGAUCAAGCUAAAUACGAGAAGAAGCGAUUAGCUGAUUAUUGUCGGAAAGCUUACAAGAAGAUCCAUGUGACAAAAGUGGAGGAACGUGUCACUACGAUUUGUCAGCGAGAAAACUCCUUCUAUGUAGACACAGUUCGAGCUUUUCGAGAUCGUCGCUAUGAGUUUAAAGGAUUACACAAGGUGUGGAAGAAGAAGCUGGCAGCUGCCACCGAAAUGGCCGAUGCCUCGGAAGUGAAGCGUUGCAAGAACAUGGAGAUCUUGUACGACUCCUUGCAGCUGGCACACAAGUGCAUCCUCAACUCCUUCUAUGGCUACGUCAUGCGCAAAGGGGCCCGCUGGUACUCUAUGGAAAUGGCCGGCAUUGUGUGCUUCACUGGCGCCAACAUCAUCACUCAGGCCAGGGAACUGAUUGAGCAGAUUGGGCUGAGGCCAAGGGACAGUCCCGGAACCAGCGAAAUCCAGGAGCUGGACAGGCUGUAUCUGUCCUCCGUGGGGAAGGGAUUGACCUUCUCAAAUUGGCCUUCGGAAAUAAGAGAAAUGGUACCAAAGGCUGUUUGUGUUGUGUGUGUUUUUGUACAGGAGGGUUUUACAAACACCCAGUACCAAGAGCUGGUGGACCCAACAUCCCUCAAGUAUGUUUCCCGCUCCGAGAAUAGCAUCUUUUUUGAAGUAGAUGGGCCCUACCUGGCUAUGAUUCUUCCAGCGUCCAAGGAGGAAGGCAAGAAGCUGAAGAAAAGAUACGCUGUGUUCAAUGAAGACGGUUCCCUGGCUGAGCUGAAGGGCUUUGAGGUGAAGCGACGAGGGGAGCUGCAGCUAGUGAAGAUCUUCCAGUCAUCGGUCUUCGAGGCCUUCCUGAAUGGCACGACCCUGGAGGAGGUGUAUGCGUCGGUCGCCAAAGUAGCCGAUUACUGGCUUGAUGUCCUGUACAGCAAGGCAGCUAAUAUGCCCGAUUCCGAGCUGUUUGAGCUGAUCUCAGAGAAUCGAUCCAUGUCUCGGAAGCUGGAGGAUUACGGAGAGCAGAAAUCCACGUCCAUAAGCACAGCCAAGCGCCUGGCGGAGUUUCUCGGGGACCAGAUGGUGAAGGACGCUGGGCUGAGCUGCCGGUUUAUCAUCUCCAAGAAACCGGAAGGCUCCCCGGUUACAGAGAGAGCCAUCCCACUCGCCAUUUUCCAGGCCGAGCUCUCGGUGCGCAAGCAUUACCUCCGGAAGUGGCUCAAAAGCCCUUCGCUGCAGGAUUUUGAUAUCCGAACGAUCCUAGACUGGGAUUAUUACAUCGAAAGACUGGGUAGCACAAUCCAAAAGAUUAUCACCAUCCCAGCCGCCCUGCAGCAGGUGAAGAAUCCAGUGCCCCGUGUCCGUCACCCUGACUGGCUGCACAAGAAGCUGCUGGAGAAAAACGAUGCGUACAAGCAGAAAAAAAUCAGUGAGCUCUUUGUCAGCGAAGGCAAAAGACAGGUCUCCAGUAACUUACCCAGUGAGAAUACCCCAAACAGUCAGGUGGCCGAUAUGGAAGAUUUUGGGGUCACCAAACCUCUGCAGCCAGUGCCCCCCAUCUCAAGCAAGCGUAAACGAACCCUCACCGCAGAGGAGAGCCAGCAGCAGUCCCAAGCUCUGGAGCUCACCCAAUCCUGGAGGGAGAUCCUGGGACCCCCACCGCCCGCUGGCGCCACGAAGGAGGAACGUCUGCUCUGGCUGCGCUACCAUAAAAAGAAGUGGGAGCUGCAGGCCCGUCAACGCCAGGAGCGCCGGAAGAGGCGGAGGCUGGCCGACGGAGAAGCAGCCCCAGGGGGCGGAGUGAUUCGGGCCGGGCCCUCCAAGGGCCUGAGCAAUUUCCUGCGCAAGACCGCCCGGAGUAUCCUCGACAUGCCGUGGCAGAUAGUCCAGAUUGCUGAGACUGGCCAGCCAGGCCUCUUCAAGCUUUGGGCUGUAAUUGGGAGCGAUCUCUACUGCCUGAAACUGAACGUCCCACGAAUUUUCUAUAUCAACCAGCGCGUUCCUAAACCUGAAGAGAGCACGGUCUAUAAAAAGGUGAAUCGAAUUCUUCCUCGUUCCAGCUUGGCCUUCCACCUGUACGAGUACUCCGUGUCCGAAGACAUGUACCUGGAGCAUGUCAAUGAGAUCAAUGCCAGCCUCUCUGCUCCAGACAUUGAGGGGGUUUACGAGACCCAGGUGCCGUUACUCCUGCGGGCCCUGAUUCACCUAGGCUGUGUCUGCAUGGUGAAUAGGCAUUUGGUGAGGCACCUGAGUGGCCGGGAAGCUGAAACCUUUGACCUGGAGCACCUGGAGAGGCAGUCUCUGGCACAGUUCAGCUACUUGGAGCCAGGGAGUAUCCGGCACAUCUACCUCUAUCACCACUCCCAGGGCAGCAAAGCGUUGCUCGGCCUCUUCAUCCCUUCCCAGCGCAAAGCCUCCAUCUUUGUGCUUGACACAGUGCGCAGUAACCAGAUGCCAAACCUCGGCAACCUGUAUUCCGCUGAGCGCGCUUCCAUGGUGGAGAAGGUGGGCCCAGAGCUGCUCCCCCCAGACAAGCACCUCUUCGAAGUCCGAGCCGAAACAGACCUCAAGAGCAUCUGCAGAGCGCUCCAGCGCCUCCUGGUGGGCUACAAGGACGAGCGUCGGGGCCCCACCCUCAUCGCUGUGCAGUCUAACUGGGAUUUGAAGCGGCUGGCCAGCGCCAUGCCGGUUCUGGAGGAGUUCCCCCUGGUUCCUGUCCAAGUGACAGAUGACAUCAACUACAGCAUCCUGGACUGGCAGCGCCAUGGUGCCCGGCACUUGAUCCGCCACUACCUCAAGCUGGACCUGUGUCUGUCUCAGGCCUUUGACAUGAGCAGGUAUUACCACCUCCCCGUCGGGAACCUUCCGGAUGACGUCUCAAUCUUCGGCACGGACCUGUUUUUCUCUCGCCAUCUCCAUCGCCACAAUCACCUCCUUUGGCUCUCGCCCACCUCCCGCCCAGACAUGGGUGGCAAGGAGGCAGAUGAUAGCCGCCUGGUCAUGGAGUUCGAUGAAAGGGCCUCCGUGGAGAUCAACCAUCCGGGCUGCUAUUCCACAGUCUGUGUGGAACUGGACAUCCAGAACCUGGCUGUGAACACCAUCCUGCAGUCUCACCGCAUCAACGACAUGGAAGGGGCCUCCAGCCUCUGCAUCAGCUUCGAUGUGAUCCAGCAGGCGUCGCUGGAGGACAUGGUCACGGGCAACCAGGCGGCCAGCGUCCCCGCCAGCUACGACGAGACCGCUCUCUGCUCCAACACUUUCAGGAUCUUGAAGAGUCUGGUGGUGGGCUGGGUGAAGGAGAUCACACAGUACCACAACGUCUAUGCUGACAACCAGGUGAUCCACUUCUACCGCUGGCUGCGCUCCCCAACCUCCCUGCUGUACGAUCCUGCCCUGCACCGAAUGCUCCAUGGCAUGAUGAAGAAGCUCUUUCUGCAGUUGGUGGCAGAGUUCAAGCGCCUCGGCUCCGUGGUCAUUUAUGCCAACUUCAACCGUAUCAUUCUGUGCACCAAGAAACGCCGCAUCGAAGACGCCCUGGCCUACGUCGAGUAUAUCACCAACAGCAUCCAUUCAAAAGAACUCUUCCACUCGCUGGCGAUUUCCUUUUCUUGCUGCUGGGAGUUCUUGCUGUGGAUGGACCCAACCAAUUAUGGUGGGAUCAAGGGUCCAGGGCCGUCCGGGACUCACGGCAAUGAGGCGGCGAGGAAUAAACAGGCAGCAGGCGUAGCCAGCGACGAAGAAGAACAAGAAGAGGAGGAACAAGAAGAAACCGGCAUCGUGAACCAUCUGGAAAACAACUGGAAUAUCAUGCAGUAUUUGCCCCAGGCAGUUUCCUGUCAGAAUUACUUCCUUAUGAUUGUGUCCGCAUACAUCGUGGCCGUUCACCACAGCAUCAAGGAGGAGAUCCAGAGGAACGUCUCCGGAGGCACCCCGGUCAGGAGGCGAGCCGGCAGCCAAGCUUCCCAGGAGGCCGUAGGGGAGACGGGGACCAUGCCAGGGGCCAUCGCCUUCUCGCAGGAGUACGUCUCCAACGAGCUGACCCAAAGCGUUUUCACCAUCACGCAGAAGAUCCAAAAGAAAGUCACCGGUUCUCGCCACACCGCAGAGCUCUCCGAAAUGUUCCCAUCCCUGCCUGGCUCGCACCUGACGCUCAACAAUCCUGCCCUGGAGUUCAUCAAACAAGUCUGUCAGGUGCUCUCUCUGGAUGCCAACAUUGCCAACCAAGUGCAGAAGCUGAAGCGGGACCUGCUGCGUCUCAUCGAUGUGGGGGAGUUCUCCAAGGAGGCCGACUUCCGCGACCCCUGCCGCUCCUACGUCCUCCCGGAAGUGAUCUGCAGAAACUGCAACUUCUGCAGGGACCUGGAUCUCUGCAAGGAUCCGGCUCUCUUUCAGGACGACUCUCUGCUGCCCAGCUGGCUGUGCUCCAACUGCCAAUCUCAGUACGAUUCCGACGCCAUCGAGAUGGCUCUGGUGGAAGCCCUGCAGAAGAAGCUGAUGGCCUUCACCCUGCAAGAUCUGGUGUGCUUGAAAUGCAAAGGCGUUAAGGAUACUCACAUGCCCGUAUACUGCAGUUGUGCCGGGGACUUUGACCUCCUACUACCCACCAAGAGCUUCCUGGAUCAUUUGAAGGUUUUCCAGGGCAUCGCUCGGCAUUACGGGAUGACCCACUUGCUGGAGAAUGUCCAGUGGCUGCUUCAAAUGAACCCUCAGUUUCUCUCCUGAGAAAGGAAACCUGUCUUCCUUUCGGGCAGAAGCAACACCCAAGGCGCCCAGUUCCCCUCCUCGGCCUGGCUGGGAAGUCCUCGAGGAGAGAGGCGCUUGCGUAGGCAGCUGGCGAGGAAGGCUUCGCCCCGGGGAGCAAAAGCUGCCAGCCUUGAGGUUGCCCUGCCUUGGGUGGAAACAUCGAGAGGAGAAUAAAGGCCUCGU